UCGCUCAUCUCUCUCUCCCACUCUGCUGCUUCUGUCGUAAAGAUCUGUUUGGUUUUGAGUCGUAUAUCUCAGUCUCUACCACAGCUGCAAACCUAUAUCACCUACAUUGAUUUGACGUGAAACAAGCAAACCACCACGGUUUCACAGUUGCACUUCCAUGCCUUUCCUCUUCCUCUCUCCCUCUCUCAUGGUGUGCCCAUCUCGUUUGGCCACUUCACUCCUCUUCUCUCUUCUCCCUUUAGCUGUUAGAAAGCUUCUCUAGGGUUUGUCUCCUCGCAUCCUUCUCUUUACUUUCUCUUUCCAGAGUUUCAUCCCAAUUUAAGCCCCUUUUUCGCUGGAGAAUGGAGGAAUUUUCUCAGCUGGGGGCAAAUCUAUGGGGAGGCUUGAUGUGCACCACCUCUCCUGCAGAAAAAACUGCAGUCGAUGCAGCUACAGUUGCAAUGUUUGGACUUCCCUCGGGAGAUGCUAAAGGUCGCUGCAUUCCAAGCCCGGUACCCCUCCUCAGCAACAAUUACAACCAGAACUCCCAUCUCCAAGCCAAACACGACGGAGCCUCCUCCUCCUCCUCCCACUUACCCCCGAGCGAUGUGGACGCCAUCAAGGCCAAGAUCGUCUCCCACCCUCAGUACUCCAGCCUCCUCGCUGCUUACAUUGACUGCCAAAAGGUCGGAGCUCCGCCCGAGGUGGUAGCUCGGCUCUCGGCCGUGGCUCAAGAGUUAGAAAUGAGACAGCGGGCGAAUUUUAUCUGCCGUGACUCACCGACAGAUCCGGAGCUCGAUCAGUUCAUGGAGGCAUACAAUGAGAUGCUCAUCAAGUACAGGGAAGAGCUAACGAGGCCACUGCAAGAGGCCAUGGAGUUCCUCCGAAUGAUGGAAUCUCAGCUCAAUUCCCUUGCCCUCACCACCGGCUCCGUUCGCAUCUCGUCCGCUGCUGAGAAGUUUGGAGUUUGUUCCUCUGGAGAUGACCAAGAUGGAAACACUGACAAUGCUGAGCCCCCUGAGCUCGUGGCGUCUGCUGAGGACCGAGAGCUGAAGCACCAUCUUCUGAAGAAGUACAGUGGAUAUUUGAGCAGCCUCAGGCAAGAGCUGUCCAAGAAGAAGAAGAAAGGGAAGUUGCCGAAGGACGCUCGGCAGCAGUUGCUGAACUGGUGGGAGCUGCAUUACAAGUGGCCAUAUCCUUCGGAGACUCAGAAGGUGGCGUUAGCAGAAGCUACUGGACUUGAUCUGAAGCAGAUCAACAACUGGUUCAUAAAUCAGAGGAAGAGGCACUGGAAACCAUCAGAAGACAUGCAGUUCGUGGUGAUGGAUGGAUACCAUGCACCUAACACUGCUCUUUACAUGGAUGGGCAGUACUUCAUGGGAGAUGACCUGUAUCGCCUGGGACCUUGAGAUAGUCCAUGAUGCAAUUGGCUCAAGCAAGACGAAAUGGGAAGAGGUGUGGUGUACAAGUAUCAUAGGACUGCAUUACCAUAUCAUGAUAUUGUUUCAUCAUGGACAACUUGUAUCAUCUAUUAUAAUUUCGACCCUCCAGCCAUGUUCUUCUCUUCUAUUCAA